AAUCUUUUUUCUGGUGUGUAUGGUCGUUUGUAUAAUCUAUGUAAACCUAUUCAUUCUCGGUAUCAUAUUGCAAUGACAAAAGUUUUAGGAAAAUAUUGUAAUUCUAUUAUUGUAUCUACAAAUAAAGUAGCAAUACAAUGUAUCAAUUAUUUAAAGGAACAACAAAUAGGAUCUGAAACUUUUUUACCAGUAGAAAAUUUAAAAGUAGAACCAAUAAAGGAAAUAUUACGUGGAAUUACUGAACCAAAAAAUGUAAAACUUUUAUAUGAUGUACUUAAGUUUGAACUUGCAGAAAUUAAUAAUGCUAUUUUAUUUGUAACUAAAAAUACCAUUGUUUGUGAAACACCAGAAGAUGCAAGAAUGCUUGCAUAUGAAAUUAAUCCAUAUCAUAGAAUCAAUUGCGUUGCAUUAGAUGGAACUUAUUAUAAAAAAGACGGUAUUAUUUCUGGAGGAGAAGUUGAACUAUUAAAAAAAGCUCAAAUAUGGAAUGAGCAAAACUUAAUCCAAUUAAAAUCAAAAAAGGUAAUAUUAAUGGAAAUAAUAUAG